AUGGCCCGGCUGAUGACAACACAGCUGCUGCUUCUUGUGUGGGUGGCUGCUUGGGGUGCCCAGCCCAGGACUGUUCGGGCCAGGACUGAACUUCUCAAUGUCUGCAUGGACGCCAAACACCACAAGGAAAAGCCAAGCCCGGAGGACAAGUUGCAUGAGCAGUGCAGUCCCUGGAAGAAGAACUCCUGCUGCUCCUUCAACACCAGCCAGGAAGCCCAUAAGGAUAUUUCCUACCUAUACGGAUUCAACUGGGACCACUGUGGAAAGAUGGCACCUGCCUGUAAACGACAUUUCAUCCAGGACACCUGCCUCUAUGAGUGCUCCCCUAACUUGGGGCCCUGGAUCCAGCAGGUGGACCAAAGCUGGCGUAAAGAGCGGAUCCUGAAUGUGCCCCUGUGCAAAGAGGACUGUCAGCGUUGGUGGGAGGAUUGUCAGACCUCGUUCACAUGUAAAAGCAACUGGCACAAAGGCUGGAACUGGACCUUAGGGUAUAACCAGUGCCCCGUGGGAGCUGCCUGCCACCCCUUCCACUUCUACUUCCCUACACCUGCAGCUCUGUGUGAGGAAAUCUGGAGUCACUCCUACAAAGUUAGUAACUACAGUCGAGGAAGUGGCCGCUGCAUCCAGAUGUGGUUUGACCCCGCCCAGGGCAACCCCAAUGAGGAGGUGGCAAGGUUUUAUGCAGAGGCCAUGAGUGGGGCUGAGGUCCCCAGAGCCUGGCCUCUCCUGCUCAGCCUGGUCCCAAUGCUGCUCAGGCUGCUCAGCUGA